AUGUCAGUCUUCUCCCUCGAUGCCAAGCAGGGGAACCCUGUGACCACGGAGACACUCGAGGACCUGUGCUCUCAGCUAGGAGUGAAAAUAUAUGGAACCGAGAAGGAAGAUUAUCGUCGUCUACUGGCUGUCUUUCAUGAUGCGAGUGAACAGUUGAUGGCGAUGGAUGACUAUGUUCCUCCAGUGGACGAGGAGAGAUUCUCCAGGGAGAACAUCCACUUUCCUAAGAAGACAGAGAAUCAACAUGGCGCUUGGGCAUGGAAGUGCACAGUCACAGAUAAGCAGCCCAAAGGUGGCAAACUCCAAGGCAAGACGUUCGCUUUGAAGGACAACGUCGCUCUGAAAGGGGUGCCGAUGCUUCUGGGCACCAACUUCAUCAAAGACUACGUACCUGAUUGCGAUGCCACUGUUGCGACGCGAAUCUUGGAAGCUGGGGGUACAAUUCUCGGAAAAGCCGUCUGCGAGAAUAUGUGCCAUAGCGCUACAAGUCACUCUUCUGGAACUGGAGUAGUCGAAAAUCCAUUUGCCAAAGGCUACAGUUCAGGCGGAAGCUCAAGCGGAUCAGGCGUUCUUGUUGCGCUCGGCGAAUGUGAUGGAGCUAUUGGAGCAGAUCAAGGCGGUAGCAUUCGUGUCCCAGCGGCCAAUUGUGGCAUCGUCGGUCUGAAGCCAACGUUCGGUCUCGUACCUUACACUGGUAGCGGUUCAAACGAGCCUACCAACGAUCACCUUGGUCCGAUGACUCGCACUGUUCUCGAGAAUGCCAUCUUCCUGGAGGCAAUUGCAGGUACCGACAACAUUGAUGAUCGCUCAUUCGCUGCCCCACACCCUUCCAGGGUUCCAACAUACAGUUCAAUAUCAGAUCUUCCCACCGACAAACCGCUGUUGGGAAAGAAACUCGGUAUCAUUACAGAAUCUCUUUCUUUGCCAGCUCUGGACCCUCGCGUCAUCGAAACAUUUAGGUCCGCCGUUUCCAAGUUUGAGGAACUCGGUGCAACCGUCGAAGAAGUUUCUAUUCCAAUCCACUCUAAAGGCGCAGCAAUCUGGACCGGUGUCUCGAAAGUAGGAGGAUAUCUCGCCAAAACAUCAGGUCCAUUUGGUAGACGUGGCCAUCAAAUGCUCAGCCUAAACUCGAAACUUCAUCCGAUGGGUCAAGAGAACUGGGAUAACGCGUAUGUCUCGACAAAGAACAUUUAUCUCAACGGACUCUAUGCUGUACAAAACUUCCCGCUUCUUCUGGCCAAGGCGACAAACUUGUCGCGUCAGUUGCGAGAUGCGUAUGAUGCAGCACUCGAGAUCUACGACAUCCUACUCACGCCGACACUUCCUUACGUCGCAACGAGCCAUGCUGCACCAGACGCUACUCCGAUUGAGCAGAUCACCAAGCAAAUCGGAUUGACAACCAACACUGCACCUUUCAAUCAAAGCGGUCAUCCUGUGCUUGCUAUGCCCAUUGGAAUGUUGGAAGUUGUGGAGGGCCCAAGUGUGGAAGCUAAGGUGAAACUUCCUGUCAGUAUGCAGGUGAUAGGAAAGUGGUGGAAUGAGAUGACCGUGUAUGAAGUUGCACAUGCUUGGGAAAGAGCGAACGACUGGAAGACAAUGUAA